ACAACUUGCAGAUGGAUCUUUCAUAUAUUUGCUUUUAUAUGUAGAUGACAUGUUGAUUGCAUAUAAAAGCAAGGUGGAGAUAGAUCGAUUGAAAACUCAACUGAGUCAAGAGUUUGAAAUGAAAGAUCUAGGAGAAGCACAAAGAAUAUUAGGGAUGGAGAUUAACAAAGAUAAGGUGAAAAACACAGUUCACCUCACUCAGAAGCAGUAUCUGGAGAGAGUACUACAACGUUUCAACAUGAACUCAAAGACGAAACAGGUAAGCACUCCAAUUGUCCCAUAUUUCAAACUCAGUGCAUUGCAGUCUCCUAAAAGUGAUGAAGAGCGGGACUAUAUGAAAAAUGUCCCGUAUGCAAGUGUUGUAGGAAGCUUGAUGUAUGUCAUAGUGUGUACACAACCUGAUAUCUCCCAAGCCAUCAGUUUAGUCAGCCGAUAUAUACAUAAUCCUGGAAAGACACAUUGGCAUGCGGCUAAAUGGAUUCUACGGUACAUUCUAGGGACCGUAGAUCUUGGUUUGAAGUUCGAGAAGAGUGAAGAUAGUCUAGUCACUGGAUAUGUUGACUUAGACUAUGCUGGUGAUCUUGACAAACGACGAUCGACAACUGGAUAUGUGUUCACUAUGGCUGGAGGACCGGUUAGUUGGCGAUCUAUUUUGCAAUCUACAAUUGCACUAUCCUCAACGGAGGCUAAAUACAUGGCUGUGACAAAAGUCAUGAAAGAAGCCAUUUGGUUACAGGGAUUGGUAACAGAUUUGGGCUUUAAAUAGCAAGAGGUUACCGUUUACUGUGACAGUCAGAGUGCAAUUCAUCUGACCAAGAAUCAAGUAUAUCAUUCUCGAACAAAGCAUAUAGAUGUU